AUGGAAAGUACUGGAAGGGAUACUGAAUAUCUCGUGAAACCAACAGCCAACGCCCGGGCUGGAGAAGAGAUAGAUAGACAUGUUCGUGGACCGCCAUCCCUUCAAUUACACAAGGCAUUUGGCAAGACCCGGCACAGAAAGUCAACUGGAGGAGCCAUUGCCCUGAGAUCUCAAACAUCUUUGACUCCUAGCUCGAUGAGAUCGAGGCAAUAUCGUUGCCUGGGAUCUUUGACUGACGUCGGGCUUCUCUUCGGACCCCGGCCAGCAGGUUGCAUCAACUUACCAACAGGCUGCCUGCUUGCCCGACCCGCGAUCGAGCGGAAGAUGAAAGCCACAGGGGAGGAAGCUUCGAUCAGUCAGGCUCGGACGUCAUCCGCGCGCCUGCUAUGA